UUGAUAAGGCAGCAGGCAGGUGAAAUGGAGAAUGACGCCUCCCCGGUUUAUGUUGCUUGAAGUGGUGUCAGUUACCUAUACAAAAGUGAAACUGGAGCCUGCGCUACAAGAUCACACAGUGAGGACAUAGUGUGAUCACUCAACGCUCAUUAUUUGAAAUACUUUUUGCACACCUCCAUUUUCAACUUCAUAGAUGAAGAAAUGAUCGGCAAGGCUGAAUCUAUCUUCCACUGGCUUAUAAUCAUAGGUAUUUUACUAAACGUCAAAGCUGGGGACACAAUGGAAGCAAAUGCCUAUGUGAACUUGUCCUAUUUCAGCACUCAGCAGAAUGCGACGGUAGCCAACUAUUGUGAGUGCGGCCUGUAUGGACUUAACUCACCUAUGAGCGCUGCAAAAGGAGUAGUGGGCAUCCCUCUGUCACCCAACUUACAAGCCUGUGAUCAGAACACCCAGUUUUCCGUCACAGUGAAACCUUGGAUUGCUCUCAUAGAAAGGGGAAAUUGUACAUUUUCAGAGAAGAUUAUACUGGCUGCCAGUAAAGGUGCAGCAGCCGUGGUAAUAUAUAACUUUCCCCCCAGCACUGGAAAUCAGACCAUUCCAAUGGUGCACUAUGGCACAAAGGACACUGUUGCCAUCAUGAUUGGAUAUCUAAAAGGGACGGAGAUCAUACAGCUGAUUCAGGGUGGCAUCCCGGUGACCAUGGUGAUUGAUGUGGGAAAGAAACAUGGGUCUUGGGUGAACCACUAUUCAAUCUUCUUCGUCUCUGUGUCUUUCUUCGUUGUCACAGCGGCUACCGUAGGCUACUUCAUCUUCUACUCAGCCCGCCGAUGGAGGCACACGAGGGCUCAGAACCAGAAACAGAAACGGUUGAAAGAUGAAGCAAAGAAGGUCAUUGGUCAGCUUCAGCUCCGCACCAUCAAACAAGGCGAUAAGGUACUUGGUCCGGAUGGCGAUAGCUGUGCUGUGUGUAUUGAAAGCUACAAAGCAAAUGAUGUUGUACGCAUUUUAACCUGCAAUCACUUCUUUCAUAAGAACUGCAUUGAUCCCUGGCUGCUAGAACACCGAACAUGCCCAAUGUGCAAGUGUGACAUUCUGAAAUCGUUAGGCAUUGCGGCUGAUGAUGAAGAGCCAGAUACCAGCUUGGCAAUAGCCACAGUGUCCAAUGAGCUUCAGCAUAACACAGUGACGGUAGAAGAAGAGACCCGUAGUGAGACAGCCUCGUCUGGAUAUGCCUCAGUCCGAGGUGCUGAUGAGCCAAUAGAAGAACAUGAAAAUACAUUUGAGACCAUUGAACUAGUAAACAAUGACACCUCAGCCACAAUUGAAGUUCUUCCUCACAUGGACAAUCCAACCUUUGAAAGUGAGGACUCCUCCCACAUUCAUAAUGUGAAAUCGUGAGCUCCUUGUGCAGAAGACGAUGCAGAUCCGGGACUGUCCACUCCAGCUGCCUGCAAAGUUUUAGUCUCCUUUAUUUACUCAUUUGUUAAAUCAAGAGAAAUUGUAUGUGAGCAAUGUUUUUAUUUCAUUGUCAUGAAGUAUCACAAACUAAUGUGUAAGAUACAGUGAAAACCCUAGGCCAGGCAUGUCCAAACUGCGGCCCUCCAGCUGUGAAACUACAUAUCCCAGCAUUCCCUGACACUGUUUUGCUGUCAGAGAAUGCUAAAGCUGUGUCAGGGCAUGCUGAGAUGUGUAGUUUCUCAACAGCUGGAGGGCCGCAGUUUGGACAUGUCUGCUCUAGGCAUUCUACUGGUGCCUAAGUUAAUUGUUAACUGGGCUAUUUCUUACUCAUGAUUGAGCAUAUUAUUUUAUUUGGUAAAUGUAUAAUUAUUUUUAAUUUAGGUUUGAUAUAUAUUUGCCUAAUACUUUUAUAACAAAUUAAAUUGUGUGUGUAAUUUUCAUUCCCUAGAUACCUCACUAAAUUUAUUCUAUGAAAUAUGCUGUAUUUAUUAUGUUAGGUGUUUGGCACUGUCACAGGAUGUAGUUUGCAGUGUCUGACAACUAUUGGAAAAUGUAAUCUUCCUCCUUUUCCCAAACUGUGAGUGUCAUACAACAGGCAAUGAGUGGCUCUCCAGCAUUUGUGGCACUUCAGGUCCUAACGCAGUGUUUCCCAACCUCUGUCCUCAAAGCACACUAACAGUCCAGAUUUUAGUGAUAUCCAUGCUUGAGCACAGAUGGGCAAAACAAAAUAACCAAGGUACUAAUUAAGCCACCUGUGCUCAAGUGUGGCUAUCCUUAAAACUUGGACUGCUAGUGUGCCUCGAGGACCGUGGUUGCAAAUCCUUGUCCUAACGUGUUCUUUUAACCAGAUGAUGGAAGGACAUUUUAGACUUGGGUAGAUUUACUUAAGCUUCAAAAACAAUGUGUUGAUGUUGCCCAUAGUAAUGUAUCGGAUUAUGUCUGUUUUCUAAAAUGCAAUAGAGAAACCAUAGCUUAAAUCUGGUUGCUAUGGGCAACACCUCCACUCUUUAUUAGAAGCUUAGUAAAUCUACCCCUUGGUGUUCCACUACAGCUGACAUGCACAAGAUUCCUGCCCGAGUUUUACAGUAUUUAAAAUAUGAAUACUAUUUUUGUGGGGUUUCCAAAUUCAGGAAGAUAUUAUAAUCCUCUGGUUUCCUUGCAUUGCCAUCUUUGAUACAUUGGUCUCCAUGUAGCUACAUCAAUAAAAUUGUUGCAAAUAACAUUCAUUUCUUAACUUCAGAAGACAAGUGGAUUGGCCAAGAAGCUAAGAUGUUUCCGAAUCUUCCACAGAGUAUUUGAAAAUACUGAGUGUCCUAUUUUAUUCCAUCUAUGCACAAUUUGACUAAGAAUUAUCCAUCAAUAAUCCAGUCUACACAAUUAUAGUAUAAAAAUAUGUAAAGAAUUGUUAAAUAGCCUAUUUUAACUUCAUCUAUAUGUUCUAAUAUAAUAAAAUUACUAUUGUAAACAUGCACCUUAAAGGAUCAGAAAAUCCAUAAUUAAUAGUUUUGUUUUACGAAAGACCAAAGUGUAGAUUUUAUGACUGAUUUUCUGCUUCAUCCCUGCCUGUUCUUCUUGUUACUAGUUACACUACCCCUAUUUUGAUGUCCAUGACUUAGCCUCCCAUCAUCCGAAUGCUGAUGUCUAAUUCAUCUGGCAUCUGAUGGGUCCUGUAGACUUCUAAUACUUUCCUUGCUUGGUCCAAGUGGGUGAACUUAGUGCUAAAUAUAUGGGCCUCUUAUUCUCUAGUUUUGGCAAUGGCUUCAAUGCUAAAUUAGAAAAGAGCCCCUACAACUAAUAUCCUUCAAAUGAGACAAUAAGACAAUAUGGUUGUGAAGAACAAAGGUAAAUUGUGGUCCAUGGAUCCCCUCUUAAUCACUUUUUGUAAUUCACUGCUAUUUAAAAUGUCUUAUGUUUUUUUAGUGGCUUUUUUUUUCCCUUCCAUUUUUGGUAUCCUUUAAACACCUUCCUUAUUAUUCUCUACAUGUGGCACAGAAGAUAACCUGUAUUUGAGCUAUCUCCUUCACGUAGUGCUAUGACCUCACCGAAACACACUUAAUGGGAUGAUUAAAAUAUUUCCCAAUGUAUGACACCUACACAAUGCUGUGUUGUCUUCAGCUUGCCUUUGUCUUUUGAUGUUUAAGACUUUGUAUGCGUAACUAUAAUAUGGUAGUCUGCUAGCUCUGAAAUUGCCUCAAAUCAAAUAUUGUAAUAUUUUCACUCCUGCUCAUAUCAGUGGAUCUCUAUUUAGUAGCAGCUACCUGUAUGUAGAUAUGCUAGUUUGGCAAUAACUUGGGUAACACUUUGUAAAAUGGGAGUAUGUCUUGGUUGCUGAUCAGCACGGUCUAGAACCGCUAGGUUAGUGGCGACAUGCUUCUGAAUAGUAUAAAAUAAGCUAAAUUAGGUAUAUGGUAAAUUCUAACAAACUAAUAUACAGGAAAGGUUACCUACUCUAACAGAUUAUAUAUUUUAUGUUCACUACCAUCUUUUUUUUUUUUUUUUUUUUUUUUUUUGUGCUUGACCACACAUCUUGUAUAAUGUAAAAACAAAAUAAGCACUUUAUUUUUAAUGUCCUUUUAAUGCAGUAACCUCAUUUAAUUAAAUGUGAACAGACGUGUUAUUAGGUAAAUAAUUGCUUUUAAAUUAUUUUUUUUUCUUUGUGUAAUCCGGCAAAUGUGUAUCUGUAAAAUGUUGUA